AUGAAUGAUAUAGGAGAUGGCGGUGAAGGAAAUAGUUCACAUGUUAGAGGAUUGGUAAUUAGUGAAGUUAAUAUAGAGAAAGAUGUCAAUUAUAGUAGACCUGUUGAUAACCAGUCUUUAACAAUGAGUCAGUUUCAUCGACUUCCAGGGGUGAAUGAUGAAAUGAUUCAGUUGUUGGAAGAAACUGAGUUACAUGUGUAUAGAAGGAAAAAGCUAAUGUCAGGAUUCAGUGGGGAUAAUGAGGUUGGAAUAAAUUUUGGAGAAGUUGUUGAUAAUGCUGCAGAAGAUGCUGAUAAUGACAAAAGGGAAAAACAUAUCCCUAAAAAAGCAAAAAUAUUUCAUUCCCCAUAUAUUGAAAAAAUUGUUAAGGUUGGGGAUAAACUAAUUAAGGAUGAAACAUGA